AUGAAGAUUCCGACAAUCUACCUAUUGGAUUGUACAUUGAAUGACUGCCAUCUGAUACUGAAGUCAAUCGAUCAGAAGGAGGUUUAUCCUGCACUGGUUUUAUUUCCAGCAGAAAAAAAGGAACCUCUUCUUUAUGGAGGAGAUGUGGCUGUAAUUGAUGUUAUGAAGUUUAUAGCAGAGCACGGAAGUAACUUUCAUGAUCUUAUCAGAGAUAAAGCAGUUCUGUGGCUGUCUGAAAGAGUAGUCAAGAAUCAAAACUUACAUGGCACUUUGCAAACUGAUCCUCACGAGGAAUCACUACGCAUGCAGACAAAAUAUCACGGAGUCCCAGCUCAAGAUAGAAUACCGAAUCAGGCGGUAGAACCCAACAUGAUAAAUUUACCAGUAUCAAAUGGAUGGGGUGAAACAUUGCCUAAUGUGGUGGUCGGUUCUGUGCUAAUUGCGACAGAAAAGCUUUUGGGGGUUCAGCCAUUUGAUGGGUCCAAGAUUCUCAUUGUGGCAGCUGAUCAAAUAACCGGAUUUCAAGGUCUUAUUAUUAACAAGCAUCUAAACUGGAGUUUUCUGUCUAAAUUGAAAGAAGAAUUCAAAACGUUGAAAGAGGCUCCUUUGUCCUUUGGGGGUCCAGUUGUGAAAGCCGGAAUGCCCCUAUUAUCCUUAACUAGAAUAGUUUCUGGAAAUAAUUUACCCGAAAUCCUACCCGGAACUUACUUCCUUGAUCACAUAGUGACAAUUAGUAAAAUCGAGGAGCUGAAAUUAGCAAAUCAACCAAUCUACGGUUACUGGUUUUUCUUCGGGUACUCAAAUUGGGAAUGGAAUCAGUUGUAUCACGAGAUAGCAGAAGGAGCUUGGAACUUGAGUGAGGAUGGAGUGAGACAUUUACAAUGGCCUUGA